GCGGCGGGCGGCCGCGGGCCGGGGGCUGCGCGGCGCGGCCGCCGUGAAUGUGCAGGCGGCGGAGGGCGGUUAGGCGUUCGCGGCGCUCGCAGCGGUGUAUUGUGGGAGGCCGCCGCCGCCAGCAGCGAGCACACACAAUAUGUGGUGGCUCGCAAAAACGGGAGGCAGGAGCCUGGCGGCCAGCCCGCGCCGGUAACCGGCCCCAUGUGAGACGGGAGCUCGCCUUUCGCCGCCCGGAGACGAUCGGCCGCCGAGCGCGAUGUCUUUCCGAGAGAUCAAGGCGGGGGAAAAAGCCAAGCACCCUGAAGAUCAUGUCAAAAAGCAGAGUUCAAGUUGGAUCAACGGAAUGGAGAACAGCACGCAAGCCAGCACUUCUGUCGAGAAAAGAAAUCACCAUUGGAGAAGUUACAAGUUGAUUAUUGACCCGGCUCUGAAAAAAGGACAGCACAAACUCUACCGUUACGAUGGGCAACAUUUCAGCAUGCCUAACUCGGGAAUCGCUCCUGUGGAUUGUGUCAGGGAUCCCAGAAUAGGGCGAAUAUGGACCAAAACUAAGGAGUUGGAGCUGUCUGUCCCCAAAUUCAAGAUUGAUGAAUUUUACGUGGGGCCAGUGCCUCCCAAGCAGGUCACGUUUGCCAAGCUGAACGACAACAUCCGUGAAAACUUUUUGACCGACAUGUGCAAGAAAUACGGCGAAGUGGAAGAGGUGGAGAUUCUCUACAACCCCAAGAACAAGAAGCACCUGGGCAUUGCCAAAGUGAUCUUUGCCACAGUCAAGGGUGCCCGGGAGGCCGUCCAGCACCUUCACAACACCUCCGUCAUGGGCAACAUCAUCCACGUGGAGCUGGAUACAAAAGGUGAAACCCGUAUGCGAUUCUAUGAACUGCUCGUUAAUGGUCUUUACACUCCUCAGACCCUUCCCGUGGGCACCGAACAGGAUGUGUCGCCAACUGUGAAUGAAACUCUCCAGUUGACGGAUUCCCUGAAGCGCCUGAAAGACAUUAACCUUUCUUCUGCGGGAUCGUCUGUUACCCCAAACAGUAGCACGCCGUUUUCCCAUGACACAGCCUAUUCCAGCUGUCGGCAAGAUACCCCCAACUCGUACAGCCAGUUUACCCCACAGUCCCAAGGAACGCCUCACACGCCACGCUUAGGGACGCCGUUUUCCCAGGAUUCCACCUAUUCUAGUCGUCAGACAACACCCGUGUACCAUUUUGGGCAAGACAGCGCGUACAAAGCCAGGAGACACGAAACAAAAUUUACAGAUGCCUACAACCGCCGCCCGGGACAUCACUAUGUUCAUAACUCAGCAGGUGUUUACCGAGGGCCGGAGCAUCAGUUUAGUACAUACAAAUCCCAUCAGCAGGAGCCAGUUCAGUUCUCUCACACUCCUCCCCUGAGCCACUCUAGUUCUUCGAGCUACAAAUCUGCCUUCUCUCCCUACCAAGCACCAGCUGUGUUUCCCCAAUCUGAUGAGCAGCAGUUUCCCCAAACUUCCAGGGAACCAGAGUACCGAAGACCUGCGCCACCUCCCGCUGAGAUGGUUGUGGAAAGCAGCGCUGCCACGAACGUCGAUUUUGUCCCGUUGAAGGAGAAACAGGAGGAGCCUCCGCCCUUGCCCGAUUCGAACUCUGUUCCUGAACCGAGCACAGCGUCCUUCUCUCAGACUCCAGAGAGGAGCGAGACCCCUGGCACCCCCACCAUGGAGUCAGAAAUGCAGCAUAACAGUUUAGACUCAAGGAUUGAGAUGCUCUUAAAAGAGCAGAGAACAAAGUUACCCUUUCUUAACGAGCAUGACUCGGAUAACGAAAUCCGAAUGGAAGGUAGCCCUAUUUCCUCUUCUUCUUCCCAGCUCUCUCCCAUCCCAAUGUACGGUUCGAACUCUCAGCCUGGUUACAGAGCUCAGACACCUUCCUCGCGUCCUUCCAGUACCGGCUUGGAGGACAUUAGCCCGACGCCGUUACCUGACUCUGACGAUGACGAGCCCGUCCCUGGGACGGCUUCUCUGAGUCAGAAUUCACGGGGGACGUCGGAGGCCAGCAUGAUUCCCAUUGAUCAGCUGAGCAGGACCUCCAAAAUUGAGACCUCGGAGGCUAAAGAAAUGGUGCCUGGUGACCAGACUCCAACAUCAGAAAAAAUGGACGAGGGCCAGCAUUCUUCAGGGGAGGACAUGGAAAUCUCCGAUGAUGAGACCAACCCCGCGCCCAUCACCAGUGCAGAAUGUGCCAAAACCAUUGUGGUGAACUCCUCCGUCAGCAACACAGCCGUGAUGGGCCCGUCGAUUCCCCCCCUGCCACCACCGGGAUUCCCUCCUCUUCCUCCUCCGCCGCCUCCGCAGCCGGGCUUCCCAAUGCCUCCGCCGCUGCCCCCACCUCCUCCGCCCACCCACCCCGCCGUCACCGUCCCCCCGCCACCGCUCCCUGCGCCACCCGGGGUCCCUCCACCCCAUAUCUUGCCUCCGCUCCCUCCGUUCCAUCCUGGCAUGUUCCCCGUCAUGCAAGUGGAUAUGAUAAGUGUCUUGGGCAACCAGUGGGGUGGCAUGCCAAUGUCCUUCCAAAUGCAAACUCAGAUGCUGAGCCGCAUGAUGCAGGCACAAAACACGUACCAGUAUCCGCCUUUCGGACGGAUGCAGUUUGUGAAUCUUCCGCCCUACCGCCCUUUCUCGAUGGGAGCAGCUCUCGGUCGUGGACAGCAGUGGCCACCGCUGCCCAAGUUUGACCCCUCGGUUCCACCGCCGGGUUAUGAGCCGAAGAAGGAAGAUCCCCACAAAGCCACUGUGGAUGGAGUCCUCCUGGUCAUAGUGAAGGAGCUAAAGGCUAUCAUGAAAAGGGACCUGAACCGCAAGAUGGUUGAAGUGGUGGCGUUUCGGGCAUUUGACGACUGGUGGGACAAGAAGGAACGUCUGGCAAAGGCGUCUCUCACUCCGGUGAAGUCUGGAGGAGAACUGGAGGAAAAACCAAAGCCGAAGGAUCGAAUCGCAUCCUGUCUUUUGGAGAACUGGAACAAAGGAGAAGGCCUGGGAUAUGAGGGAAUCGGCUUGGGCAUUGGGUUACGAGGGGCCAUCCGGCUGCCAUCCUUCAAGGUGAAAAGAAAGGAGCCACCUGAAGCUGCCUCAGCGGGGGAUCAGAAGAGAAUCCGGCCUUCUACUUCUGUCGAUGAUGAAGAUGAAGAGUCGGAGCGGGACAGGGAUGCUUCCGAUACAACGUCUGACCUGUCGAAGAAGGAUGCAGACGCCGUGGGGCUGAGGCGGCGACCAGCAAGGCCGCUGGAGCUUGACAGCGAGGGAGAGGAGGGAGACGAGACAUCAGGGAAAGAGGAAGAGUCCUCCUCGGAGAAGGAAGAGGAGCAGGAAGAAGAGGGAGGCUUGGUGAAAGCAGCGCCUGGCAAGGAGGAAGAGGAGGAUGAGGAGGAGGAUGAUGAUGAUGAUGAGGAUGAAGAUGAUGAUGAAGAUGAUGAUGAGGAUGAAGAUGAUGAGGAAGAGGAGACAGGCAUAGACACAAGUGACAAGGAGGAGGAGCAGGACUCCGAGGAGGAUGUAGCAAGUCCGUCGUCUUCCAAGGCUGAAGUUGAAUCAUCUGAUGAAAGUGAGGACUCCUCUGAAUUUGAGUCAAGUUCAGACUCGGAUGAUGAAGACGAGGAUGAUGAUGAUGAUGAAGACGAGGAGGAGGAAGAGGAGGAGGAGGUGGCUGAAGAUCAAGACAGGGAAGCCAUGGUUGCUGAGACAGAGCAUGAACCUGCUGGUCAUGAGAUUCCUGAUGAUGAGAGGGAGACUAUUUUGGAGCUGUACCCUGUGGAUGACUACAUGGAUGCAACAGGCCUGGGACUCGUGGAGCCAGCGUUGGCUGUGAGAGAUGAAGGCAUGGAAGAAAUCAAGGCAGGGGAAGGUGAAUGUGGUGAAGUCCCAGAGGCAUCUAUUGCUGCUGAAACACUGAAACAGUUGGUUAUGGAAAGAGACCAGGAGACAAAACUUGCGCUGUCUCCCAUCUGUAGGCCAGAGGAUGAGUCCGAAGCCACUAUCGUGCUGGAGCCAGUGGUACAGGAAGGUCCAAAGCUGGAAUCUCAAGACGAGGAGGCCACGCUCUGUCUCUCGACUCCGGUGGGAGUCUUUGGAGAACCCCUGCCCAGCAAAAGCAGCUUCUUCAGCAAGUCUGACGACAGCAGCUUAGAAGCUCGUGUUAAAACAAAACUGCCCUUGGCAGCGGAGGAGGACGAGCGACUGCCUCGCACGCCUGGGCGGGAGGUGAUGGUCCAUUCAGAGACUGAUACUCUUCUGCUUCCAGCCCACAAGGUGCCGUCCUCCAUGCUUCCCUUACCAUCGACUCCUGGUAAAGAAGAAUCUUUAGUCCCUCCAGAAAAGUUCCCUGAACAAUUAAUGGUGACCAAAACGUCCAUGGAUGAGGAGAUUCCUAGGACUCCUGGGCGGGACAUUUUGGCCAAGUCCUCGCACCCCCUCACGAAGUCGCAGAGCACAGACACUGUUCCAGCCACGCCGGGAAGCGAUGCUCCCCUUACGGGAAGCAGCUUGACCCUCAGUUCUCCUCAAGUCCCUGGGAGCCCCUUUUCCUACCCGUCCCAAUCUCCUGGCAUUAACAGUGGCAUUCCUCGGACUCCUGGGAGAGAUUUCAAUUUCACGCCUACUUUCCCAGAGGCUGGUGCUACCGUUCCUUGCCUUCUGUCUGGCAAGAAACAAUCGGAGGACGAGCUAGAUGAGAAACCCUUUAAAGAGCCUCUUGGUGCUUCCCUUACGAUCAGCAUGAACAGUGUUCCUUCCCCUAUCCCCUUUGCCAGCCCCCCGCAAGCAGAUUUCCGCACAGAUAUGGGUUUGCCGCCGGAUGAGCCGAUACCUGUGGCAGCCCUGCCGUGCCUGCAUGGAGAUGGAAGAAUGCCCCUCGAGGAAUGCAAGGCAGAAGUCAAAUCUGUUUUGCUCUCACCAGAAGUACCCACCGGUGCUUCUGUUCUUCCUCCUCCACCACCACCUUCUGUUCUUCCCAAAAGGAGGCCAGGUCGGCCCAGGCGGUCACCACCGUCUGUCCUCUCAUUGGAUAUGUACUCGGGCAAAACCAUAGAACCUCCUCCGGUGCCAGUGGCCUUGGUGGAAAGUGCUGUGGGCAAAGAGCUGUUGAGUGGACAUCCUGAUGCUUUCUAUGGACUGAAAGACCCUGAAGCCGUCACCCUGGACUUCAGGAAUGACGGUUUCCACGAGAAAAUAGCAGCUGAAGCAGUUGCGGAGAAACUGCCGUUUAAGGAACUGGAGAACCAGUGGAAUGAAGACUUCAAGGAAGAAGAAGCUCACGCGAAACCUAAAAGGCAGUGGCGAAGGCAGAAGAAGACAUCUGAAGACCUCCCAGUGAUUCCUUCCCCUGAGUAUUCCCCACCCCAGCCUCAGUUCAAGCCACGCUCCGAGUUUGAGGAGAUGACCAUUUUGUAUGAUAUUUGGAACGGAGGCAUAGAUGAGGAGGAUAUCAAAUUCAUGUGUAUCACAUAUGACCGCUUGUUGCAGCAGGACAAUGGUAUGGACUGGCUCAAUGACACCCUGUGGGUAUUCCAUCCUUCUACCAGCUUUUCUACUCCUAAGAAAAAGAAGCGGGAUGAUGGGAUGCGGGAGCACGUGACAGGCUGCGCACGAAGUGAAGGCUAUUACAAAAUUGAUAAGAAGGACAAACUUAAAUACCUCAACAACAGCCGAGCUUUUGCAGAGGAGCCUCCAGCUGACACGCAGGGUAUGAGCAUCCCUGCCCAACCUCAUGCUUCCACCCGGGCUGGCUCCGAGCGGCGGUCAGAGCAGCGCAGGCUUCUCUCCUCCUUCACCGGGAGCUGCGACAGUGACCUGCUCAAGUUCAACCAGCUCAAGUUCCGGAAGAAAAAACUAAAAUUCUGCAAGAGCCACAUUCACGACUGGGGUCUUUUUGCUAUGGAGCCCAUUGCAGCUGAUGAGAUGGUGAUCGAGUACGUGGGUCAGAACAUCAGGCAGGUCAUUGCUGACAUGCGUGAAAAGCGAUACGAGGAUGAAGGCAUUGGGAGCAGCUACAUGUUCAGAGUGGAUCACGACACCAUCAUCGAUGCCACAAAAUGCGGAAACUUUGCCAGAUUUAUUAAUCACAGCUGCAAUCCAAAUUGUUACGCUAAAGUGAUCACGGUGGAGUCUCAAAAGAAGAUCGUCAUCUACUCCAAACAGCACAUCAACGUGAAUGAGGAAAUUACCUAUGACUACAAGUUUCCGAUCGAGGAUGUAAAAAUCCCAUGUCUGUGUGGCUCUGAGAACUGCAGGGGAACCCUGAACUGAACGCGAGGUUUCUCGUCACUCUUGCACCUUCGGCCAUGUCAGAACUGUGGUAACCAGGUGUGGUUGCACUUUGCCAAAAAAAAAAAAAAAAAGAAAAAAAAAGGAAGAAAAAAUUAAAAAGGAAAAAAAAAAAUUUAAAAAGAGAGGAAAAAAGAGAAGGAAAAAACCAAGCAAGUUUCGCACUUCUGCCAGGAUCACGAAUGGAAGCAAAAAGCGCACAUGCUUACAAGGACUGUUCAUGUUUCAGGUGCUCUUUCCUUUUCAGAUCCAACACGCACACAAAAGGUGACUACCGUUUUGUGGCAUGGUCUAUCCAAACACUAGCUUCUCUGUUCAGUCCCGACAUUAAUGCUCCGUAAUGGGAUAAUGGUACCUUUUUUUUAAUUGUUGUUAUAAACCUUCAUCUUUUCAUAAUUGCUGCUACCUUUUUCUCAUCAGUUUUGUUGGUUGAAAAAGACAUUCAACGUUUAAAUGUGAAGCAGAGACUGAAAACGCCGUAUAGGGUUUGUUGGGAGCUUGAUUGGCUGAAAUUGCACAGAUUUCUCAGAGUAAGCUGUAAAUAAAUGUAAGGUUGAUGUUACAGAGCAAGCCAGAGGCUUGAGGGUGUGUGAAUGGGGGUGUGUGUGUGUGUGUGUGUGUGUGUGUGUGUGUGUGUGUGAUGUGUCCCCAACGAGACUUUAGGUGAACUGUCCUGCCUUUUCGUUAGGGACGAGCCAGAACAAGUCCCCUAAGCCAGCCGCCCCGGGGAACAGCCAGGUCAGCCGCAGACCUCGGCUCAGCGCCUUGGGCUCGUCUCUUCAUUUUCACACACCGUGCUGGUAUAUCGGGGGAUCAAAACCUCUGCACCCGCACAUGAACGGUAUUUGGAUGCCGCAAUCCGCUGUAGCGAGAAGUCGUGUCGGUUGCGUAGCUGCAGCGUCGUGGCGCGGCGUGUGGACUUUGGGGAUGCCCGUUUCUCGGAGAUCGAUUCGCUUUGCACGCAAAAAAAGGCUGAGGCUGAAAUUAAGUGGACAAUUCAGCCCGCAUUUGUGCUGUGGAAAUCUCACCCUCCUUGCGAGUGUACGCUACGGCCCGUGUUUCGAACAGGAUUUUCUUCCUGUAGAUGGGAAACAGGCUGAUGUGUGUCUCGUAUUAAUUUUUCUCGCUUUUGUCUGCGUUUCCCCGCCCGUGCAGCGUUUUACGUGGAGUGUUUGCUCUGUCCUUGGGCGCGGGCGAUGGCUCCUGCGAUAGAGCGAGCUGCGCCGGCCUCUCGCCUCCCCCCGUUACUCAGUAACUUGCCCCAGGGCUGCCCCAUCCCUCCAGCAAAAGUGGUUCAAGCGUCCUCCCCCAUGCACGGCGAGCAAAUGAAAGCUGCUUUGAAUUUGGAAGGCUUAUUUUGAAAGUGGUUUUUGACGUGUUUUGUCCUUGUAGAUGUGCUGAGGUGAAGGUUGCAGGUUUUUGAGAGGUUCCGUUUAAAAAUGGGGCGAAACACCAAAGAAAAUACGUCUUUGGAUGUGACCUGGAAAUGUUACACAACUGUUCAGGUAUCGACAGGAUCCGUUUUUCAACUCGCAUUGAAUUUCUCCUCCUUUAAAAGUAGAGAUCAGUUGUACUAAACCCUUUUUUAAUUGGCUCAUAAGGGGAAGUUGCAAUGUAAUUAUGAAAUGGGAAGAUAAUCUGCGUAACUAAAUAUCUUCUCCCCGCAGAACAAAUUGCACAACAGUUUUCUUGUAGCCUUUUAAAAUCAGCGAUAAUUCCUAUAUGACCGCAGCUCCAUGACCGGAGGUGACAGCCUUGCAGAAGAGUUUUCUGGCAGUUUUUUAGCUGUUAGGGAUUGCCAGGCCUGCCCUGCAGGUGCUCUGGGUUGGACCUCUGCAUCUGAAUUUCUUCUUCAGACAAAAGGCCUGCAGGAGCAGGAGCACACGGACUGCUGUGAGCUGCCUUGGUUCCUCCUGUAUGUCUGUCUGAGGGUGAGGAGUUGUCCGUGGGGUUGGACAGUCCAUAGUCUCAUUUCUGGUUUUGUUUCAUGUUGUUUCCCCUUCUCUUUGUGAAUCUCUCCAGCAACUGGGUAUUGCUGACGCAGAACCUAAAACUACGAGAAGCACAACGAGUUUCUGUCAUUGAACGCUGGUUGUAGCCGCAGUGGUGGCAGGAGCAUUUGGGAGUUAGACCAACUGCUUGAUUUAUUUUGCUUUUUUAAAAAUAAGGCUCAUCUGGUGUUGACGCUCCAGUUGGCUUCUCUGCAGCUUGGCCUUUUGCUUUCAGAGCUUUGGAAAUGCACAGACGUUUCCUGUGUCUCAGAACUGAAGCCCCAUGUGCAGCGGUUCUGCCCGUGUCCUUGGCCUCCUUCCUUUCUAGUCCAUCAAACCGGCGCAUUAACGGUGGUUUUGUGGGGGCAAAGACACCCCAACCGGCCCAGCCACUGGGUUCCUGCUGCCAGUUUGUGUUUCCCAGCGGAUCGGGGUACUCUGAGUGGGAUUAGCCCCUGCAGUUUGCCUUAAUGUUUGUCGAGGGGAGGCAGGUCGUGGUCUUCUGAAACAAGACCUGCAGGUUGGGUUCCUUUUCAGGAGCACCAGGGGGAUUUGGGUGCCAAAGACCACGAGCACCUAAAUGCCUCAGGUACUUCUGAAACUGUUUAUGAUCCCAGACAAACAAUGUGAGUUUUUGGAAGAGCUGAGCUCCCAGUAACCCCCCAGGAGGACACGGAGGGGUUGAACCUUCAGCACUUGUGAAAAAUCACAUUGGUCUGAUCUCAAAGCAAACCCCAAGGCUUCUCUUUUCCUCCCCAUAAACCUCGGCUUGCAGAGUCCUCCCUGUGCAGCUUCUGCCUCAGACCGCGGGGCUGCCCUGUGCCCCAAAACACCGUUUGAUGGUGAGGAUUAUAAACCAGGUUUAGUGAUUUCUAUGAGGGGGUCACCUCCUCCCGGCCCCCUAUGGAAACGCUGGCCAGGACCGAACAAACUCACCAGCACGGGCUGCUUUGCGGAGAGAUUUACAGUUGCGGUUGUUCGCUGAAAAUCCCAUCCCCAAUUUAUUUUUGCUUCAAAAAAAAGAGAGGCAUGACUGUUUUCCCACAAUGGCAUCUCGCUAGUGGGGUGACCCGAGGGGGCAGCGCGAAAGGUUUGGAAAUAGGUGUUUAGGUUCCAGCACGACGCUGGCUGGAGCGCGGGUCCCGCUGCCCGGCGCCUUCCUCUGUGUCUGUGCGGUUGCAGCCCCGUUCGCAGUGCCACGGUGGUCCCGAUGGGUGAUCUGUGACUCCUGGGGGUCCGGAAGGGGAAGGGGCUCAUCUUGCAGAUAUUUAUAUUGUAUAGAGCAGCUUAUUUCUACAAGAAAUAAUAAAAAAUUAAAAAAAAAUGGCAAACGAGAAAAACAACAAACAUUUUUAAACUCCAAGGAAGUAUACAGCAAUUUCAGUUCUGAUUUUUUGUGACCUUUUUCAGGGAUCAUUUCAGUGCAUUUCUGUAUAAAAGAAAAAUUUAAGGAGAAAAGGAUUUUGAAGUAUACAAAAAUAAAUGCAUCUUCUGUACAUAGGCAAACUCAAGAAUCUUCUCUUCAAACACUGUUUCUUGUAGAAACAUGUUGAAAUUUUUUUGCUGAUUUCUUUGUACUUUGAGAGCAUGUAAAUAAUUUAUUAAAAGUGACUAUUGUAAUUUGGAGUUCUUUUUAAACAGAUUCCAGCUCUAAAUCAUGUUGAGGUGGGGUAGAAGAAGGACUAAGUAUCGCAAAGGAGCUGGUGGCAUUUACAGCUUGUGUCAAGCUUUGUAUAAUGUAAAUUCUGUAUAAAGAUGUUUUUUUGUCAAAUAAAUAGAUGGAAUUAGAAGCAUUAAGAAACUGAAGACAAAAAAUUGCCAAGUCAAGGCUUCUUCUUUCCCCCCCCCAGUCUGAAACCUAAUGUGCAAAAUCUAUUUAUUUCAAGCGAGGAAAUGUGUACAGUCUAAUAGACAACCUAAAAUGUAUUUAAGCGAGUUUGCAACUGGAUUUUUUUCAAUUUAAUAUUUGUUUUGUUUUUAUGAGUUUCCUCCUUAGUUGCCACUGUAGUGUUUGUCCAGGUGAAAAGAAACACGUCGCGAUGGCCACUCUAAAGCAAACAAAUGGGCAGUUUUAAAAGCAGGAUGGAAGAACUCCCGGCUCCCAAUCCUUGCAGGUUUCUGGUUCUCUAAACAGGUUGUUUUAAAUCAUGGUGUGGAAAUAAAGGGUCUCCUUUAAAAGGGGGCGGGUUAAAUGGGUUGCAAUAAAUGAAAAUAAAAUCCUAUUUUUUUUUAAGUUCCUUAAAAAAGCAACUCUGCUUCGAAGAUUUAGGGUUUCUGCUUUCUCUUUCGUUAAGCAAAUUUAUAAAUUUAGGGAUGUUUUGUGCAUAUAGAAUCUGUCACCAGUAUGUAUCUUGUUUUGAAGAAAGUGUUUUUGUUGUGGAUGUGUCAUGCUGUAUAUAUUUGUUCAUAUUUUUGUGAAUUGAAUACUAUGUACCAUUGUAUUAUAGUAACUUUUAUAAAGCAAACCAUAAAUAUACUGACUUUUCUUACAGAAAAA